AAGGCUCUAUUCUUUUGAGUCGAUUGAAUGCAUAAUUCGGCAGAGCAGAACAUCAUAAGAUUUCCAGUUCCAGAAUCCAAGGCCAGGACAAGGUCUCCUACCCGAACAUCAAUGGACAGGCCUGAGUCCAGUGGAGGAGCGGCUCGGGUUAAUCAUCUUCGAAAGAAUGGCUCAGUGACACCGACUAAUCAAGCGGGUAGAGGACCGCCUGGAGCCCUCGGCAGCAGUGCUGACAUCUCCGUGAACGGAGCGGGCAAUAAUGGGGGAGGGUCUCCAUCAGCUCCUCCCAAGAUACGGGUUACGUGCAGAAAACGGCCGUUGAACCGGCGGGAGCUGGCAGCGAGGGGAGGAGGCGAUGUGGUAGCUUGUCGGGAUGGGGCCGUCGUGGUUAGUGAGCCCAAGCUCAAGGUGGACCUCACUAAAUACGUCGAGGAGCAUACGUUCCAGUUCGAUGAGGCUUUUUCUGAGGAAACGACCAAUGCUGAACUGUAUAACGUAUGCGUUCGUCCCCUGGUGUCGGCAUUAUUCACUCGAAAGGCCAAGUGCACUGUGUUCGCAUAUGGUCAGACAGGCAGUGGGAAAACUUAUACUAUGCUUGGAUGCCACGAGCCAUCUAAUGCUACACCAGGCCUCUUUGCGCUGGCUGGAAAUGAUAUCUUUACGGAGUUAGAGAGAUACAAUCACCAGGCUCAUUCCGCUCACCCAUCGAGCAAAGACGAGCUAACGAUAAGGGUGUCCUUCUACGAGAUCUACUGUGGGAAGCUGUUUGACUUAUUGAAUCAGAGGAAGUUAUUGGCAGCAAGAGAGAAUGGUCGGAAUCGAGUGGUGAUUGUUAACCUACAAGAGAGAGUCGUCGGCAAUUCUGAUGAGUUGAUGAGGGUGGUGGUGGAAGGCAUGGAGGCAAGAACGACUGGGGUGACAGGAGCCAAUGCAGACAGUUCACGCAGUCACGCGGUGAUGCAGAUCAGUUUAGUGCAUAAGAAGCAGAUGAAACACGUGCAUGGGAAACUGUCGUUCAUAGAUCUGGCGGGGUCGGAGAGAGGCGCGGAUGUGGUAGAUCAAGAUCGUCAAACCCGUCUGGAUGGUGCUGAGAUCAACAAGUCGUUGUUGGCACUGAAGGAAUGUAUAAGGGCGUUGGAUCAGCAGGCUGAUCAUACUCCCUUCAGAGGCUCGAAGCUCACCCAGGUCCUCAAAGAUUCAUUCGUAGGCAGUAACUGCUCUACAGUGAUGAUAGCAAAUAUAUCGCCAUCAGCAGCAUGCGUGGAGCAUACCCUCAAUACGCUGCGCUACGCCUAUAGGGUACGGGAAUUGAGACGGGGAGAUGGUGUAAGCCAAGACCAACAUCAAAACGCAUCUAAUCCGGGCAACAACGUGUCCAACAACGAAAGCCUGGCUCCUGAGGACCCGGCGAACUUGUUGCCGAGAUAUGCUAACCCUCCAGUACGACAACAUACGGAGAUGAAGGAGAGGAAUGGCAGGCUGAAAGAGCGGCAAAAACCGGCUGAAGGAGGGGGACGAGGUGUGCCAGCGCCUAGACGCCCGCCGUCACAGGAGAGCACCCAAUCGACGGGCAUGCGAUUUCCGCCCGCGCCUCAGACUCAUCAGAGAGUUGUAGCUGAGCAGGCUGAGAAGAAGCGAGCCGCGAGUGGUGACCAUGGUUCAUGGGCCUCAAAGAACAGCACUCGAUCCAACUCGAAUGGUAGCUGCGAGCAGAGCAUGGUGGUGACGACGGUUAGGCGGGAGGCUCCUGUAGUGCGUCCCAGGGAGGAGGUCAUCAAUCUUGAUGACUUGGCCAAGCAGCACGACCAGCUGAUCGGCACUAUAUUGGCAGAGGAAGAGGAAAUCAUUACGUGUCAUAGAGGCCAUCUGGACCAGAUGGUUACACUAGUGCAUCAGGAGAUGGCUGAGAUUUCACGCAUCGAUCAACCAGGCUCCGAUAUUGACCAGUACGUCAACUUCCUGAACGAUAACUUGGAGAAAAAACAGCAACUGAUUGACGGAAUAAGGCCGAGGGCGUUGGGAAUAUCAUCUUCUGUGUCGAUGCGACCACACAGUGAGAUGAAGAAGAGACGGUCUUCUGAGGGAUCUAAUUCUGCGGCGAGUGAUGGUUAUGCGAGUAGCACUGCUAGCGGUCGUAGGGCGCUGACGCCGGUUCCGAGGCCUAUAUUGAGUAGUCCUAGAGUACGAGCGAUGACUGGGAUAGUCAGCCCUCGUGGAGAAUUCUCGAGGCGGCCGAAGAGCGCGAGUGAGGAGCCGAGUAGAGGUAAAGGAAAAGGCCGUAGCAGAUCUACUCCUAAGUGCGAUCCACCGUCAAGAGUCCAAACGAUAUCAUCGAGGGUUGAGAGCAAUCCCCCAGCGCGAGGCUGCACGAAACAGAGGGAGAGGAGCAGUAGCCGAGAUCCGGCUGAUAGAAUGCGGCCAUUCUAUAUGAGGCUGGGCUCUCAGGCAAGGAUGGAGGCCACGACGGAUAGUAGACGUAGUGGUGAGGUGGUAAGUGGAGGUGUCACGAGAGGAGCAACCAACAUGAGGAGGGUGAACAAGCGAGUUGUGGAAAGAGUUAGUACUACUAGUUGUGCACAGCAGAACGCUGGGGUGAUUGAAAAAGGAGUUGAUGGGGAUACUAAGGCGUCACCAAGCAGUGAUCUGGCGCUGGGGGAGCUCAGCCCAGUGGUGGGUGAGGAGAGCCGGUGGCAGAAGCAAGUCGAUAGCUUGACGGCAGCCCUGGGAGAGAAGGACGAGCGGAUAGAGUCGUUGCAGAGACAGCUGAAGGAUCAGGAAGAGACCGAUAAGGCACGAUGGGAGGAGAUAGCAGCGCUGAGAGCGGAAGUGGAAAGCAGCAAGAGUGCACUCAGGAAGGUUACCAGUGAGUGA